UCUGGUAUUCACCCCCGUUAUGACAGAACUCCAGAACAAAUCCACUUCACAUUUAGUUGUCAGCGCGCUGUCAUGGAGAGGAGACACCUUUAUACAGUCUCCGGCCUGUCUCCUGGAGACAACCAGACCCCAGGACUGCUGCUGGCUCCCGGAGUCAGGUGGGGACAGACGCCCAUCAACCAGCUCACGCCCUGGGAUACAGACGAGCCCCCCGCCAAGCAGCACAGAGACGGCGAGCCCACUGGUCCGGCCUGGGCUACACCGGUAGCUGCAGUAAGCCAGCAGAGUCUCCUGCCGCAUUCCUAUGGCCUCCCUCAACCUCCGUCCUUCAGCCACAGCGUGACCGUGCAGUCACCCAUCUUGGGAGUAACCCCGUCCAUCCAGACGCCGGUGGCGCCGCAGCAUCCCCUGAUGACCACCCACUUCCAGCUCACACCGCAGUCCACCCAGCAGGGGCCCUCCUUGGUGCUGAGCCUGCCCAGUCAGCCUCCGUACCCCACGGCUCAGCCGAGGGUUACAGCAGCCGCCCUCACCGCCCAAGCCAACCAGGGGGUUCAUCCAAAUCCUCACAGCCUGAUGGGCAACGGCCACUUGACCUCUCACUCCGGUCUCAUCCAGCCCCCGACCCUGCCUCUCACCAACGGCCAGGCGGCAGUUCAUGCUCAGCCCACGGCCGCGGACAAUCAGGACAGUUUCAACGGGUUGCAAAUGCUGCGGACAGUCGGGAGCGGGAAGUACGAGUUCAGUGACCCGGGACAUCCCAAAGAGAUGUUGAAGGAGUUGAACCAGCAGCGCAGAACGAAAGAGUUUACAGACCUGAAAAUUAUUGUUGAAGGCAAAGAGUUUGAAGUCCACCAAAAUGUUCUAGCUUCCUGCAGCUUGUAUUUCAAGGACCUGGUGAAAAGGUCGUCAGGGGAGACGAAGAGCGGAGAGAUGCUGGAGCUCACCAUGAGCAACAUCGGCGCCGAUGUGCUGGAGCUGCUGCUCGAGUUCGUCUACACGGGAUCGCUGGUGAUCGACUCGGCCAACGCCAAGACGCUGCUGGAGGCGGCCAACAAGUUUCAGUUCAACACCUUCUGUAAAGUCUGUGUCUCCUUCCUAGAGAAACAGUUGACUUCUGCGAACUGUCUGGGUGUGCUAGCCAUGGCUGAAGCCAUGAGCUGCACUGAGCUCCACAACAUGGCCAAAGCGUUUGCUCUUCAGAACUUCCCUGAGGUGGCAGGCCAGGAGGAGAUUUUAAGUGUGUCCAAGGAGGACCUGGUGGCCUACCUUUCCAACGACAGCCUGAACACAAAGGCGGAGGAGCUGGUCUAUGAGACAGUCAUCAAGUGGAUCAAACAAGACCCCGGUUCAAGAGUGCAGCAUUUGUCCCAGCUCUUGGCGGUGGUCCGUCUCCCCUUCAUCCACCCGUCCUACCUGCUCAACGUAGUGGACAACGAGGAGCUGAUCAAAUCGUCGGAGGCGUGUCGGGACCUGGUCAACGAAGCCAAACGUUACCACAUGUUGCCCCACGCGCGGCAGGAGAUGCAGACCCCCAGGACCCGGCCGAGACUCUCCGCAGGUGUAGCGGAGGUGAUCGUUCUGGUGGGGGGGCGACAGGCCAUUGGGAUGAACCAGCGCUCCCUGACAGCAGUCACAUGUUUCAACCCUCAGAACAGUAAGUGGUACCCGCUGGCCAGCCUGCCCUUCUACGACCGUGAGUUCUUCAGCGUCAUCUCAGCGGGAGACAACAUCUACCUGUCAGGUGGCACUGAGUCGGGCGUGAUGGUGGCCGACGUCUGGUGUUACAUGUCCCUCUUGGACAACUGGAAUCUGGUGUCCCGCAUGACCGUGGCUCGCUGCAGACACAACAGCCUGGUGUAUGACGGGAAACUGUACACCAUAGGAGGACUGGGCGUAUCUGGGAACCUGGACCACGUAGAGAGGUACGAUACAAUCACCAACACAUGGGAGACUGUUUCUCCUCUUCCUAAGCCAGUCCAUUCAGCGGCUGCCACUGUGUGCGGAGGAAAGAUCUACGUUUUCGGGGGCGUGAAUGAGGCUGGGCGCUCGGCAGGCGUUCUCCAGUCCUACAUACCCCAGACCAAUGCUUGGAGCUUCAUUGAAUCCCCCAUGAUUGGUAAGACAAGUGAAUAUACUGUGAGAAAUCGUUCCAGUGUGUUUUGGGUUUUGCUAGAAUUGACUUUCUCCCAAUUUAAAAGUAGUCUGUUAAGCUAA